UUUUCAUUUUAAAAUUAUUCAGUACAUUUUUCUAUGGUGCACCGCCUGUCAGUUGUAGUACCAUCGAGAUAACACUUUGAAAAUCGAACUCCUAAUUUAUUCGUCGACGGUCGUCGCGAAGGAAUAAAACUACCGCAGUGCUGUUCCCAAAUGAUCACCAUGAACAGCCAUUCGAACGACAUCGACUACAGUAACGGGUACAUGGAACCGGAAGAAGAAUGGGAACGGGAAGGGCUGUUGGACCCAGCGUGGGAAAAACAACAGAAAAAGACCUUUACGGCAUGGUGCAAUUCGCACCUGCGCAAAGCGGGUACAGCCAUCGAGAACAUYGAAGAGGACUUCCGCAACGGGCUCAAACUCAUGUUGCUCCUUGAAGUGAUUUCCGGUGAGACGUUACCAAAACCCGACAGAGGUAAAAUGCGCUUCCACAAGAUCGCCAAUGUCAACAAAGCACUUGACUUCAUAGCUAGCAAGGGUGUGAAAUUGGUAUCGAUCGGUGCCGAAGAAAUUGUCGAUGGAAAUUUAAAAAUGACUCUGGGUAUGAUAUGGACGAUCAUUUUGAGGUUCGCCAUCCAAGACAUAUCCGUGGAGGAGAUGACUGCCAAGGAGGGUCUGUUGCUGUGGUGUCAACGCAAGACAGCCCCGUACAAGAAUGUCAACGUUCAAAACUUCCAUCUCAGUUUCAAGGAUGGUUUGGCUUUCUGCGCCCUCAUUCACCGUCACCGGCCAGAUCUCAUCGAUUACCAUAAACUGUCUAAGGACAAUCCCCUGCAGAAUUUGAACACUGCGUUUGAUGUCGCUGAAAAGUACUUGGACAUACCUCGCAUGUUGGACCCCGAAGAUUUGAUAAACACUCCGAAACCGGACGAACGCGCGAUCAUGACCUAUGUGUCGUGUUAUUAUCACGCAUUCCAAGGGGCGCAACAGGUAAAAACGCAUAUGACCAAUACGGCAAUGCCAGACGAAAGAGCCAUAAUGACUUAUGUUUCAUCGUAUUACCAUUGCUUUUCUGGAGCCCAGAAGGCCGAGACCGCAGCAAACAGAAUUUGCAAGGUACUUAAAGUGAACCAAGAGAAUGAGCGUUUGAUGGAAGAAUACGAACGUUUGGCUAGUGAUCUUUUGGAAUGGAUCAGGCGUACAUUGCCGUGGCUGCAGAGUCGACAGGCCGAUAAUUCAUUGUCCGGUGUGCAGAAAAGGCUSGAAGAAUACCGUACUUACAGACGUAAACAUAAGCCUCCACGUGUAGAACAGAAAGCCAAGCUUGAGACAAACUUUAACACUCUGCAAACAAAAUUGCGUUUAUCCAACCGCCCUGCAUACAUGCCAACUGAGGGAAAAAUGGUUUCUGACAUUGCCAAUGCAUGGAAAGGUCUUGAACAGUCAGAAAAGUCAUUUGAAGAUUGGCUGUUAUCCGAAAUGAUGAGAUUAGAGCGUUUGGAGCAUUUGGCACAAAAGUUCAAGGCAAAAGCUGACACUCAUGAAGAUUGGACACGUGGAAAAGARGAGAUGUUGCAGAGCUCUGACUUUAGGCAAUGCAAGCUAAACGAUCUGAAGGCUUUGAAAAAGAAACACGAAGCUUUUGAGAGUGACUUAGCUGCACAUCAAGACAGAGUCGAGCAGAUAGCAGCUAUUGCACAUGAAUUAAAUACUUUGGAAUAUCAUGAUAGUACAAGCGUAAAUAUACGCUGUCAACGUAUUUGUGAUCAAUGGGACCGAUUAGGUAGCUUGACACAAAAACGCAGAACUGAUUUGGAUGAUGCAGAAAAAAUAUUAGAGAAAAUUGAUAUAUUGCAUUUGGAAUUUGCUAAGAGAGCAGCUCCUUUCAACAACUGGUUGGAUGGUACACGUGAAGAUUUAGUAGAUAUGUUCAUUGUGCACACUGUUGAAGAAAUUCAAGGAUUGAUUGAUGCACAUGGACAAUUUAAGGCUACUUUGUCUGAUGCUGACAAAGAGUACAAUUCUAUCAUUGGACUGGUCAAAGAUGUUGAGUCAACUGUACAAAAAUACCAAAUACCYGGUGGUCUUCAGAACCCGUACACUACUUUGACUUCUAGUGAUUUAAGUAAAAAAUGGUCUGAAGUGAAACAUCUAGUGCCCCAAAGAGACACGACCCUCCAAGCKGAACUCAGAAAACAACAAAAUAAUGAGAUGCUACGUCGUCAAUUUGCGGAGAAGUCAAAUCAAGUGGGUCCUUGGAUUGAGAGGCAAAUGGAUGCUGUAACAGCUAUCGGUAUGGGAUUGCAAGGUUCUCUGGAAGAUCAAUUGCACCAACUGAAACAAUACGAACAGAAUGUGUUUGCAUACAAGCCACAUAUUGAGGAAUUAGAGAAAAUCCACCAAGCUGUACAAGAGGGUAUGAUCUUCGAAAACAGGUAUACUCAAUACACAAUGGAGACACUACGUGUUGGAUGGGAACAACUAUUAACGUCCAUAAAUCGCAAUGUGAAUGAAGUAGAAAACCAGAUAUUGACUAGAGACUCCAAGGGUAUUACUCAGGAACAACUUAAUGAAUUUAGGGCUAGCUUCAAUCAUUUUGACAAGAACCGUACUGGCCGAUUGGCUCCUGAAGAAUUUAAAUCGUGCUUGGUGUCCAUUGGCUAUAGUAUUGGAAAGGAUAGACAGGGUGAAAUUGAUUUCCAACGCAUAUUAGCUGUGGUUGACCCCAAUAGUACUGGUUAUGUGCACUUUGAUGCUUUCUUGGACUUUAUGACUCGGGAAUCUACAGACACAGAUACUGCUGAGCAAGUGAUUGAUUCGUUCCGCAUUUUGGCAGGCGACAAGCCAUACAUUUUAUCUGAUGAACUAAGACGAGAACUUCCUCCAGAUCAGGCGGAAUACUGUAUACAGCGUAUGGCUCCAUAUAAGGGUGUCAAUGCUGUACCAGGAGCCCUAGAUUACAUGUCAUUUUCAACUGCCUUAUAUGGCGAGUCGGAUCUGUAAAUCAUCAAUAUUUAUAAACAAACAAAAUAAUAAUAAUAAUAUUUAAACGAGUAAAAAAAAAUUACCAAGGAUUAUUAACAACUAGAUUAUAUCAAAUGAAGAAUAAAAUUCAUUCUGAAAUUCUUUAAUUGGAUCAUCUACUAGUCACAUCUACUAUUUACACGUCCAUCCGCGGGUCUCAAUAAUAAAAAAUUAAUUAAAUUGCAAUAAAAUUUAAAAAAUACUCUUCCCCACAUAUUACUUUUCAAAGAAGAACUUUUAUUUAUCAGAUAUAGAAGAUAUUUASUAUAGGCUUAUKAAAGAAUACAUAAUUUUUGGCCUUGAUGUUUUUUUUUCUAAUUUAGUGAAAAAUAUAUCGGUUUUUUAUGUUUUAUUUGUUUAUUUAUUGCCCUUAGAACAAUUUAACAUUUUGACUAAUCUUAAAAUCUUUACACAUAUCUUCAGGACCAACUAUCGCCAAAACUAUAUAUUGUAUUAUAUUCAAAUUAAUCUGUUGUUCAACUCAUUGUGUUGUGUUUUCGAAGUUAUAAAAAGUAUUUAAUUGUUUUAUCAUAAAAGAGUUCCAAAAUAUUCUUGCUCAACGCACAUUUAUUUUUGUACGAUUAAAUAGUUAAUUAAAAUUGAAUAUUAUAUUAUAUUAUUCUCAGUAGAUACUUUGAUACUUUUGUUAUGUUUUAGACGUAUCUACACAAAACAAUAAUCAUAUUAUAUAAUUUUUUUUCGUACAGAAUUAUUCCGUUGAAAUAUCAGUCAAUUGUUUUUUUUCAUUUUUUUUUCUCUCUCUCGUGAACACUAUUUACCAUCAUUUUACUGUGAAUGAUAACUCUCAUCUUAUUUAUUCUUAUUGUAUAGUGUGUAUUUUAUUUUUAGUUAUUAUUAUUAUUAUUUUAUUUUAUGUAUGAUUAUUAU